AUGAAAUUGGCUCUCAAUAAGCUCCGGGGCGCUCUGCAGGUGGCGUUUAUUUGGCAUGAAAAAAGGAGUAGAAGAGUUGUGUAUACCACGUUUCUGGGUUUGGAGGGGUUUAUUGAGAUCGAUAUGGAAACAGGGAUGGAAGGCAUGGUGGACAAGCUAACAACACGACCGAGUUACAGGGACAACAAAUUCAUGAGACCGAAGACUGAUGAGGUGCUUUGGGGUUUAUUUUCUAAGCGUUUUAGAGACUUAUACAUGUCAGUGGGAAAUUUGGAUGGAAUUGGUGGUCUGUAUAAUCGGUUGAAGGAGACGCCAAAGAGGCCGCAUUGGUUAACCCCAUUCAAUUUGCCGAUUAUUACUAGAUGCGCUGUCGACAUUAUUCCUGAACAUUUCACUGGCUGCCCGUAG